UGUGGGAUGCUAUCUAAGAGACUCCAAAUUUGGAUGCUCCUAGUCAUUACAAAGCAGUUGCGUUGGUUCAAAAAUUGGGAAUGAGAAAAUAGUUCUUGAAAAUGACACCAGAAGAACGCUCAGAAUGGAUAAAAUACAAUAUGGAGUGAAUGCGGUUGUUUUAGAUUUGUUUACAUCUUGGAGUAUUUACUUUUGUUUGAUAACAUGUUGACUUUGGUUUGGUUAUUUCAAAUUUGAUCUCGGAAUAUCUAAUUUGUUUGAUAAUACGUUGACUUUGGUUAAAAUGAUAGAAGAAGUAGUUUGUUUAUUUGCCUAAGGUAUUUUUCCCAUUCCAUUGGUCUUCUUAACAUUGAAUGAGGAUCCUCAAGAAUUUCGAGUGCUAUAUAGGAUGUAUCCGGAUGUUUUCUUAAGGCUAUGUGACGUCCUUAGGGAAAAGACGCAUUUGAAGGGUACAAGAUUUAUUUGUAUUGAAGAAAUGGUUGCUACAUUUCUACUCACUAUUGGUCAAAAUUCUUGAUAUUGCCAAACUCAGGACAAUUUCGGCAGCCACAUUUUACAACAAGCAAAAAUUUCAACAACAUUUUGAAGGCCUUGAACACAAUUGCACCAGAUUUGAUGGUCCAACCUGGAUCCAUGGUGCCAACUAAAAUAAGAGAAAGUACAAGAUUUUACCCUUAUUUUAAGGAUUGUAUUGGAGCUAUUGAUGGAACACAUCUACCAGCAAUGGUAUUGGGACCCGAAGUAGCUAGCUAUCGUGAUCGUCAUGGUAAAAUAUUACAAAAUGUAUUAGCUACUUGUAACUUUGAUUUGGAAUUCAUAUAUAUUCUUAGUGGAUGGGAGGGUUCAGCUCAUGACUCCAAACUAUUACAUGAUGUUGUAUCAAAGAGGAAUGGAUUUAAAGUGCCAGAAGAUGAUGAAUCUGAAGAUGAAGAAAAUGAUGAUGAACUAGGUAAUCAAACUCAAGAGCAACAAUGACAGAUUGCUAAUGCAUGGAGAGCUGGCAUAGCU